AUGUCUCAGGACAAUCAAGGCACAAACAAUCCUCUUGAUCCGGAAGUGUUAUUAUCAACACUUGAAAGUAUUCAACUUACGAAUGCCAAACAAGAGACCCUGGAAACUGUUCAACUUCGAUCCGGUCAGGAUGCUUUGGCGGCCAUGUUUCAUACUAUAAUGCAUUCCUUGGGUUUUCGACUGGUCGGACUUGGCGAAAGGGACGAACCUGGGGAUAAUAUAAAUAGAGACAGUGAGGGUAAUAUAAUAGGACUUCCGGAAACAUGGAAUUUACAUGGACCACAAUUAUACGCAUUUCGUUACAAGCACAAUCAAUCUUCGAUAACAUUUUUAAUCAAAUGCAUUUCGUUGGGCAAUAACUUUAUGGUCCAUGCAAUGGGAAUUGAGGAGAAUGAAGAAACUUCUAUUAAACCAACCUCUCUUGAAUUGGUCACGAGAGAUUAUACCCCCGUUUCCGCUUUUCCCUAUAUAGUCAACAAUCAAAAUUCCGAGCAGCUCGUGAACAUUUUUAUAUCAAAAAAUCGCAUCAAGGAUUUGGUCAGCCUUUACAAAAUUAACAUAGUUCAGAAAUUGAUACCGAACUUGUUCAAACCAGGCUAUGAGGAAACGAGUGCGACAACUACUAGUCGGUAUAACGACAGAUACCCACAGCAUGAUACAAACGAUCCACUGCGCAUUCCUUUACGUCGACCUCAGCACUUCCAGCCACCUAUUUUUGGCGAUCCUUAUGGUGGCGAUGAACCAUUAAAUUAUAAUCCUCUGAGUGUUGGACGAAACGACCUUGAUCCACUUGGUUCAAAUCCAAUUUUGGGGCCGCCAAGAUUCGGCGGCGGCGGUAUUCAACCUUUUGGUGGUCCUAGUCGAGGUGGUGGAUCGAUUAUGGGACCUGAUCAUCCGAUAUUUGAUCCACGAGUCCCGGAUCGAAACAGUGGCGGCAUUCGUGGUGGACCGCAAUUUCUACCUAGCGGAGCUGUCCCGCCUGGUGCAAGGUACGAUCCUGUUGGACCGUUCGGUCCUUUAUCAGGCCGUGGUGGUGGUAGAUUUCCAAGUGGUGAACCGAAUAAUGAUGAAUUACCACCUCCGGGUUACAACGACAUGUUUAUGUGA